AAUCCAAUGGAAAUAAGAACCAAAAAUUCCAAAAAAGUAUUGUACACUAAAACAAGAAGGCCUUGAGAAAGAGAUAGAGAAAAUCACUUUGAGAGAGAGCGAGAGGGAGAGAGAAAAAGCUUAGGCCCUCAGAAAUGUCAGAAGAGCAAAUCAAAGUUUAGAGAAACACAAUUGGAAGUGGAAGAACAUAUUUGAUUUUUCUUGCUUUGGAUUAGGAUAAUCCAUAUUCCAAUUUUGUUUCCAGAUGAAUCCGAGCAAAAUUGAAGAAGAUCUCUUCCAUCACCACCGUCUACACGACGAUCUCGACCCACUUACCACCCAGAUCAUUGAAUCUCAGCCGUCCAUUCCCAAUUCACACCAUGCCGAACCACCGUUCUCUUUGCCGGAAAUCGUGCUCUUCCGGUCGCCGUCUCCGUCGUCACCAAGUCACUCGUCUUCUGACGAUUCACCGACUCACUCCACUCGGUUGAGUCAACUCGUUCAGAACCCUACAUCGACUUCGCAAAAUCUUCAUGAACCGCCUCUCUAUAUCUCGCCGGAGCCUCACAUAUCUGCUCAGUUUUACACCUUUAAUCCCGAGUCGCACUCGUUGAUGAUCCGUUGCAUUCUUGAGAACCGCCUUGCGACGCCGAGUGAAAUACGCGCCGCCACAUCGCGGUCCGUUCUCAAGUCAUGGAGAACCGUGUGGAAGGACCGGAACGAGGAUACUGCGUAUCUGACGGCGUGGAAGAGAAUUCAGGAUAAGCUCACGGCGACGGUCGACGAAAACGGUAACGAAUUUCUCUGUUUCAAGAACAAUACUCAGCAAUUCGUUUCGCAUAUUAGUCAAUGGCAGGACAUUGUUACGAGUUUUCACGGAGAUACGGAUUUGAAACAUUUAGGGUUGAAGGAAACUAUAGAGAGAAUUAAGCAGGUUUGGACUGUAGGCGCUAAAUUUUAUGGGAUUCCUGAGAGUUACAUUAGGGUUUGUGUUGCUGCUUGUCCUGUUUGUAAUUCAGCGUCCUCGGCAUCAGGGUCGAGGAGCAAACGACGGAGGUUUGAGUAUACGGAUACUCUUGAGGUGCCUGCUAAGGAAGUGCCCCACAAGCUUCAGCAAUUGGCUGCUAAACAUAAGGUGGUGCUUUGUAUUAGGCAGAAGUAUAUUAGGUAUAAGCCUUUCAUGGCGGAGGUUAAGGAUUAUGCUUGUCAUAGGGCAGGGGAACCUGCUACAAAGAAAUCCAAGAUUUUGAAAAGGGAGCCAUAUGCAUCGAAGAGAUGUGGGUGUGGAUUUCGUAUCCGAGCUAUUGUACCAAUUACAAAUUACAAUGAGAAGGAUAAGACAUUUGUGUAUCAGGAUGAAGGUGUGGCUGUGUUCAAGUUGUAUGCUGUGCAUUCAGGGCAUGAACCUGGGCCACUGGAUGGAAAUGCAAGAAUUAUGCAUCGUGUGAUAGGACACAAAGGUGGCCUUUUAAUGGAUCAUGAGACAGUGUAUGGGGUGAAUGAUGAAAUGGAAAAUGAAGAAUUUCGACUGAUGGGGAAGGAUGAAGGAGAUUUGCAGCUUUCAAUCUUGCAGCAGAUGCAUGAGGUAAGAAACGAGCUUGACUUGUUAGAAGGGAAACUUGCUAAGGUUCCACACGAGCUAUUGGGUUCAGUGUCUCGCGAUUUGUUUGAUGUUUUAAGUAGACUUAGGAGUACAAGGGAGGAGAAAUUGGACCCAAUUGAGCUGCUUGCAGAUAAGCCUCAUUCAGAUGAUGUUUUAGAUGGGGAUAAUGAUUUGGCUCAUUGGAGCAAUCAUCAUCAUGAACGUUUAUAUGGGGAUGCCAAAGACAGCGAAUUGAUUGAGGACGAUGUAGACAGUUUUGGUCACUCCCUUCGAGAUGUUGUUCCUUGGGAGGACCAUAUGAGGGCAGACUGUAGAAAUCAGAAAGAACUGACGAGGGAGCCUUGCAAACCCGAAAGAUGGUUUAAAUGCACUGACUUUAACGAUAAAAGCCUUCUUGGCUGUGAGGACACAAAACUAAUUAAGCCCAUGAGACAUGAUGAGAGCAUGGUGGCAGAUGUAGGUCUCGUCGGCAUACAUGUUGAUGGAUUUUACCCAGAGAACCCUAAAUGGUAUGACUCUCCUUGUGAUCUAGACUCUAAUGCAGACUGUGGAGAUACUGGAUUCAAGCACGGGGAGAUUGUAUAAGCUCUCGAAGGGCCACGUGAUCUUCUGUAGUAUAGUCUCAAGCUUACAAUUCUCUCACUUGCACAUCCCCACUGCUGGAAUCAGGAUGGGGGGCUGUAAAUUAUGUAUACAGGAGAUUGAAGCCUCAAGUGAGCAAUUUGGCAUCCUUGUUCAAUGUAUUCUUUGUAAAGUUUGGCUAACUGACUACUCUAUACAGACUCUACUCAACAGUAUUCGUUAUCGUGGUCUGGGCCUUCAAUUUUUUUUGAUACCACUGACCAUUCCUAUCCAAUCUUGUUCCAUUACUUAUUCAGAUACAUGGAGAUUUUUGUUUCCUUUCUCUUUCUCUUUUAGCUCUUUGAUAUAUGGUUUGCGUCACAUUGCUGUGUGCAUUUGUGCACUCUGUACUCUCUAUAUUCCUAUGACUCGUGACUCGAGACUCUCAAUUUGCCUUCAUGAAGGACUUGUUUUAGAUGCAGGUUGUAUAGACUGCUAUCUGUACAAAUCUCCACCCGCUCCCCUCCAGAAGAAAGAGUAAGAGGGAGCUCUGUGAUGUUGACAUUUUAUUUAAAAAUUGUUCUAGAACUAUCAACACCUUUUGCUUAUGUUCAUGAUGUAAAGAAGAUUCUCACUCCUCUCCUUGAAUAUGUAAGUGUAACAAUUAUAUGUUUGAAUUCAGCUUUUGCACAUAAAAUGUUGGGAUUUCUUUUCAUGUUAUGAGAUGAGAUGCUCUGAACUGUGUGUUUAUGGCUACUGCUUUCAGCCAUUUAUCUCUCUUUUCCCGAGAUUUUGCACGACUUGUUUGAUAAUCCAUGUCCUUGUUUGAAGGGGGGACGUUACCUGGCUAAAAUGUUAUGGAAGAGUUUUUUAUCCUAACUUUCUUUGUGCAUUUGUUAGUGUCCUGUUUCUGAAGCUUGACAUGGGAUACCUUCUUUGCUGCUCCUCUUUUACUGUUAUGGAGUGUCAUUCGUUAUUGGCUCUCUGUACAGUUACGAUAUGACUUGAAGACACGAAUGUUGUUCUGUCAUAAAAAAAUUCAACUUCAGUGCAUAUCAUUGCACUUUGCACAUUAUUAUGGACGCUGAAUAUAGUCAUCACAACUUUUGAAGUGUAAGCAUAAAGUUUAAUGCUUCGUUAUGACUUUGGUGUAUAGAUUCUUUUGUGAUUAUGAUGUUGGUUUGGUUUUGUUGGAUUGAUGCCUCUUCUGUAUUUACUUUCUGUUUCUCUCUUGCCCUUUGUCUUUGUUGGAUUCCUUGUUUUUGUGUAGUGUAAGCAAUCUGUGCAGAAAGUGAGCUGGAGUUGUACUCGCCUGACGGCCAGCUUCGUCGGGUUUUGAAGGGUAACUGGCAGGAGAAGCUGAUGAGACGUUUCUUUCUGGGAGUGGGGAUCUUGGAUUUGGUCAGUGAAGAUAAACUUGGGCACUCCAUCAACAAAGGUAUGUUGUUGUGUUGUUAAUGGUUUCAUUUGUUUGUAUAGCUGAAAUGAAAGAGCAAUCCAACCUUGAAUAUACAGCUUCAAUUCUCCUGAUGAUGCUCCUUCAGGUUGUUCUAGAUCUAUAAACUACUUCUUGUUUAUUUUUAGAUUUCUGUGAUAUUUUACACCAAAUGUUGACUGAGGAUUGGAUAUGGAUGAAUGGUGGAUAGGAUAUUUAUUA